UCCCAGUAGAUGGAGACAUUAAACUUACUGGGAGAGCACCUCGUACCAGCUGCUUGAGACAGCCACCGCCAGAAUAUGAGCGACAAAGCUUAUGUGCAAUUCGCACAUCUCCGGCGGGACUCGUACCCAGGGAAUGUAUCUGCAAGUGGCAUGAAACGGUAAUCAGAAAGAGAAGCGCGAGGCGAACAAUUUGAGCAGAGCGAUCACACAGCGGCGAGAGGGAGGCGAGGCAGGCAGCGACUAGACUGAGCAAAGGAUAGGUAUCAAGUUAAAAAAAAGGGGGCAAACCGCAAGAAAUAGAAGUAGAAAUAAACUGAAGCAUGGAUGUUGGGAUUGCAGAAGAGGUCUAGAUCCUGCCGGCCUAGUGAAAGCUCCAGAGUCAUGUUCUACGGGUCUUCUGCAAGCAUGUCCCUGCCCUCCAAGAAAAAACUGAAGAGGCAGAGCCGGACCUUCACACAGGUCCUGUACCGAACUUUGAGUUACCGGGACCGCCGCUCUGUCACCGACAUCAGCGACCAGGUGGCCGAUGACCCCGCCGAGCUGUCCACCCAGACCUCUGUCCCCGGGGUGCUCAAGAUCUUCGGGGAUGAGAUCUGCAUGGGGGCCAACUACAAGAGCGUGCUGGCCACCCCGCGCUCCAGCGCCCAGGAGCUGGUGAAGGAGGCCCUGGAGCGCUACUCCCUAAACAAGGCUGCUGUCUGCAAGUACCUGCUCUGUGACGUCAUCGGGAGGUUUGAGGGGGCGGACAAGCGCUGGCGGACCGAGUGCCUCAGGGCCCUGGGGGACAACGAGAAGCCCCUCCUGCUGCAGGAUUUGUGGAAGCCGAAGGAAGGGUUCGUCCGCAGGUUCGAGCUGCGCAGACGGGCUGAAGUGGAGGAGAUGGCUGCCAGAGAGAAAGACACUGUCACAGCAGAUAUAAACGCCCAGGCGAGGAAGCUGCAGCGGAACCGAGCGAAGGGAACCACAACCCUGUCCCCGGGGGAGUCAUUCUGCCGCAGCCUGAGCGAGACCAGCAUCAACCUGGCGGGCGGGCCUGGAGAUGAGCCCAAGAGAUACUACUCCACACUGCCAGGGCCGCUGCGAGGGUGGGCAGGGAGGGAGGGCUCCCACCACGGCAGGAAGAAGAAGGAGGAGAGGGAGGGCGGGGGCAUGCGACACUCCCUCCACCACUCACCCCACCUGCUGCUGCUCCAGGGAUUCAACCAGCGCAACGACUGCCUGGUGUACCCCCUGAACCGAGACCAGCACACCGUGGGUCAGGAGACAGCCUCGGCCCGGCCCAACAUCUGCCUGUCUUCCCCGGACGUCCUGCAGCUGCACUGCAAGAUCAGGAAGAUCCAGGUGGUGAGGCGCUUCAGCCAGACUGUGGAGGAGAGGCUGGUGGUGGAGCCGCUCCCUCAGGCCAGCGUCUUAAUCAACUUCUCCAGAGCAGACCGCACCAGCCAGCUGCGCCACGGGGACCUGCUCUCCUUCGGUGCCCACUACAUAUUCCUCUACAAGGACCCUGUGAGUGCCAAGCCUCUUCCGACACAGACACUCAGCAGGCUUAAAAUCCUCUUCCAGCUGCCCGAGCCUGAGCUGGACCUGGCGACCCCCCUGGCUUGCAAAAUGUGUGGCAGCGUUAUCAAGGAGAAGCAGCCGCAGCAGCAGCAGCAGCCCGUCCGCAGAAGUUUCAAGCCCCACCUAAUGAAAAGCAAAAGCCUGCAGGGAAGGAAGCUGCACCUGGACUUCGAGAAAGCCCAGGAGGACGAGUUGAUCGGGAGAAUAAUAUCCCUCAUCGAGCCAGGUGGGGAUGACCACAAGCUGACCCCAGCGUACCUGCUUUGCCUGUGCAUCAAGCAUUCAGCUACAGCCUUUGAGGCAGGAAGCUUUGGGAAGCUUCUUCUAAAGAUUGUGAAAAGGAUACAGUCUAUAGCUUGGGAGAAGACUAAAGAGCUGGCAGAGAAACAGGCUGAGCACCAGGACGCAGCCUCCCUGUCCCUGCUGAGUGUCACAGACCUGGUCCCAGACCUGCAGCUCAUCCUGUUCUGGAUGUCCAACUCCAUCGAGAUCCUCUACUACAUCCAGCAGAAGACCCCAGGCUUCCUGCAGAGCAUGGAGCAGCUGGAUGUGAAAGGUUCUAAAGUAUCCCUGCUCUCCACCGCCAUAUCAGCCAACGAGGAAGCCAUGACUAUUUUAGAGGAAGUGAUCAUGUACACCUUUCAGCAGUGUGUGUAUUAUAUCACCAAGUCAUUGUACAUCUCCCUGCCCGGCUUGCUGGAAUGUAACCCUUUUCAGGCUGAGAACAGUGACCCCUGCUGGCGAGGAGGCUCCCCUGCGCUCCCAGAGCCUGUUCGCAAGGUGGUUCUGAUCUACCAGACCACACUGGACCUGCUGCAGCAGUACCAGGUGCACUCCGAGGUCCAGUCCCAGAUGUUUGCUUACCUCUUCUUCUUCACCAACGUCUCUCUUUUCAACCAGCUCUUAGACAAAGGUCCGCUGCGGGGCUGGUUCCACUGGUCUCGGGGCGUGCAGAUCCAGGGCAGUCUUCGUCUGGUGCUGGAGUGGGCUGGGAAAGUUGGCCUCAGUCACCUGGCCGAGGAGUUCUUCUCCAAGUUCUCCAGCGCUGUGAGCCUGCUGGCCACGCCAACCCUGCAGCUCGUGCAGAUGACCUGGAAGUCUCUCUGCAGUGAUUACCCAGCUCUCAAACCGGCCCAGCUGCACCACCUCCUGACUAAGUACCAGCUGGCUCCGGAUGCAGGGCCUGUCCUGGCCUGGCAGCCCAGCCCAGAGGAGAAGGCACAGAUCUACAGGACAGUGGAUCUUGCGGAGAGUUUUGAGAACCACCCCCCCAUUGUCCUGCCCAGCAGUGGAUUCCAGGUUGACUUUGAGUCGGACACUGUGGAUGACAACAUCUACAGACAGCUGCUGUAUGUGCGCCACUUUCUGUGGAGCCUGAGAGCAAAGUCCCCCUCCACCAACGGCAGCACAGAUUCCCAGGAGUUACAGAGAGAGCCACCGUUAUCUCAUUGUAGCCCAAGGCCGGUAGCUCCAAUAGGUCACAGCACCCCAACCAACCACUAUCACACUGGCAGCCACCUGGAGACCCAGCUGGACGGGAGAGUCUCGGUCGUGUCCAAUCUCAGCAGCGGUCCUAGAGAUGGUCAGUGUCACGAAGACAGGCUGAAUCACAUGGGGAGGAACAGCUCGUUUUUGCAGAGCAUGCAGCCCCUGGACCCCUCCUGUCUGCUGACCUCUCCCAACACACCCCUCUACACUGACUUCAGCCAGCAGAACAGCUCGCCACUCAACAUGGGGGGCAGGACUAUCCAUGACAUCAAUAAAGAACUGAACGGCUUUACCGUCAGUGGAGUGGAAGUUGAGCUGGACAAGGGACCCUUCGGACUAGGAAUGGGGCUGAUUGAUGGUCUGCACACGCCCCUCAACACCCCUGGGAUCUAUAUCCGAACACUGAUCCCUGAUGGGCCAGCUGCUUCCGACGGGAGGCUCAACAUUGGAGACAGAAUCUUAGCUGUGAAUGGAACCAGCCUGAUUGGAGCAGACUACCAGAGUGCUGUGGAUCUGAUCCGUGUGGGAGGCGGGAGGCUCCGUUUCCUCGUCGCCAAGUCCGACAUGGAAGUCUCGGAGAAAAUCAGUGCAUCGUCCUGUUAAAAGGGUAAACCUAUCCCAAUCUACCACUGUGCUUUAAAUGCAACUGUCCUCUGCAGCUAAUCUGGGAGAGUGGCUACACACUUUUCAUACCAAGCAAGAUCAUUGCUCCUGCAGUAUGCUGCUCACAAAAACUUCUGAUUCAAUGGAUUAAUAGUUCUGAAAAGUAUCAAUUGUCACUUAAGGCUGAAGAUUAAGUAAUAUAUUGGCAUAUUAAACUUCUGUAGCCUCCCUAGGAACCUGGCCAACUGUAUUUCUUGGCUGUUUUCCUGGUUUCAGGCUCGGCCGGAUUAGGAUUUUAAAAUCCUGCAUCCCUUUUUUGGAAAAACGGUGCUAUGAAACGAAGAAAAGAACAGAUCUUAUAUUGGUGGCGAAACAGAUUCAGUCACAAGCAUUUUGAUUAUGAACUCUGUAGUUCCUUACAAAAGGGUUGUUUUAAGUGCCAGUUUAUUAACAAAACAACUUUUGAAUUUGAAAGCACAUCACCUUUCAAUUAUUAUAAUUUUUUUUAACUUGAAUAAAUUAACAUAUUGAGUUUGUGUGUCUUUACCAACAUACGUUCUUUUACCAAUUGCGAACAUCAAUCAGUAUUAACUACUUGUAUUUGUUACAAUGACACUUGUAAUGUUUAAUUCUAUUGUUGGUUUUGUCUGUAGUGUAUUUAUUGUUGAUUUAAUCUGUAUAUGAAUGAAUGUAAUCCAAUUUUAACCACUCAAAUGUAUUUAUAACCAAAGGGAAAAUUGUUAUCUUUUAGAAAUGCAGUUAUCGUCUGAGAACUGAGUUGUUGCAUCAAAAGUACCAGAUAUGUGCAUGUUUAGCACACUUUUGUACAAGCACCACCAAGUGGCUACCUACUGCUAUUACACCAAUAGAACACUAGGAAUGUUCAUUGUUUCUAUAUUUUUUGAGAAGAUUGAACAUCUAGAAAGGACUUGUGUACACAUACACGGUUCUUUGUUUUAACAAUUCAUUGACAGAAAUACUUGCAUAGAGAAAAAAAGUCACGCUUAACAGCAAGGACAAUUAUUACUUCUGUUUUGGUAAUUUGUUUGUCUUUUAGAAUAUGCAGCAGUUCAUGGAGUAUCUUUAUGACGGUAAAGUAUAUGAACUAAAACUAAACUCACAAGUAACAAAUUGCACUGUAAUUUUGUUGACAUUUCUGUUUAAGUAUUUGUAUUGUUAAUAUUGUCUCACGUUUGGGCAUGUGCUUUUCCAGUCGUUGGCGAGAAACAAUCUCAGUACUGGUGCACUUCAGAGCUCUUUUUCUAUACAUAUUAAAAG